UCCCAAGAGUACAUGAACAUCUACACAACUGUGUACAACAUGUGUAAUCCUAACCCUACUGGUGGAAUGUGUGAGGUAUUAUAUGAGAAGUAUAACGAUGUUUUCAAAGAUUACAUCAACAGCCAGGUUUUGCCAUCACUGCAAGGGAAAGAAGAUGAAGCUUUGGUGAAAGAGACAGUAAAAAGAUGGUCAAAUCACAAAGUUAUGACCAGAUGGCUCGUUAGAUUCUUUCACUAUUUGGAUAGAUACUUUGCUCCUAAAAGGAAGCUUCCUACUCUCCAAGACUCUGCUCUUUUAUCGUUCUAUAAUCUGGUAUUUGGAGAAUUCAAUAAUCAAAUCAGAGAUGUUGUAUUGUCCAUGAUCAAUCAGGAGCGGGAAGGAGAAGGCAUUGAUCAAACCUUGGUGAAGAACAUUGUAGGUAUCUAUGUAGAUGUUGGGCAAGGCUCGAUGAAAUACUAUGAACGAGACUUUGAAGAAGCCAUGCUUAAAGCUACUGCUGCAUUUUAUUCCACCAAGGCCGCUAACUGGAUCAAAAAUGGAUCUUACAACGAUUACAUGCUUAAGGUUGAAUGCUACUUGAAACAUGAAAGAGAGACAGUUUCUUGUUAUUUGCAGAAUACGAGCCAAAAGAAGUUACUUGAGAUUGUUGAAUAUGAAUUGAUAUCUGUUUAUGAAAAUGAAAUGAAAGAGAAGAAACAGGCUGAUGAAUCUCCUGAAGGAUGAGAAGCAACAUGAUCCAUGUUUGAGAGAACGGGCUUUCUUGUUAAUCUUUACUUCAAUGUUAAAUUUAAUUUCUUGUUUGGUUGCUGAGAAAAUGUUGCUAGUGUUUCAAGUCACAACUUUGUUGCUUAAAGUUAUGAUUUUUUUUGGCAAAUUCUGACACUUAGGGUUUUGUUAAUUAGGAUAUUUUGUAGCUUUGGUAGU